GUGGAUUAAAACACCUGUCUGUGGGUUCACUCGCUCCUCAGGAAAGGAUUUUUAAUGGCAAAUUACUGUGACUGGUUGUUUACAGACGUUUUACUACUGGUGAGCAUGGAGAACAAGUGUUGAACAGUGAAUGGAAACAAAAUGAGAUGCAUAUCUGGAAAGGACCAGAGCAAGACAGCAAAUGUCCAAAUGGUUCUUUUCUCUCUCAAAGGACAAAGGUAUCUUCUCUCAAAGUGAGGUAAAUCAUUGGGCGCAGUGUGUCGGGUGAAGCAUGGCUGGAAAUAGUUUUUUACUACAUCUUCUGCUCACUGCCAUCGUGGGACGGGCUGCUAAAGCACAGGAUGAGACUUCUACUAAUAUGGACAUCCAAACAGCCAAUCAGACUCUAGAUCCUCUGUUGAUUUCUGUGACAUCAGAAGGACCUCCAACUUUGACCACACCUGCAGAGGUGGAGGAGGACACUGUGCCGUCCACUGGCACCCGCUGUCGGGGUUACUAUGAUGUUAUGGGCCAGUGGGACCCUCCCUUUAACUGUAAUGCAGGUAUCUUCUUGUACUGUUGCGGCACCUGUUUCUAUCGGUUCUGCUGUCAGUUCCGUCAGCAGCGACUGGAUCAGACCUCCUGCUCCAACUAUGAUACUCCAAUUUGGGCCAACACUGGAAAACCAGUGGCCACCAACACUGAGGUGCAGCCAGACCAUGAGCGGGAUCGGACUCACAUGAUUGUGUACAUAAUCUGCGGUGUGGUGGCCAUCAUGGUCCUGGUGGGAAUCUUCACCAAACUGGGGCUGGAGAAGAGCCGUGGAGGUCAGAAUGACCUCAGUAACUCCAGGACUCUGCAGGAGUUGCUGAAGCAGCCAGGUGGGGAGGUGAGUCCUGUGGAUGGACCUCUGAGCAGCACAACAUCUAUAGGAGCAAACGGUAUCUCUGCCAGGAUGCUUCGCAGCCGCAGCGAGCAGUACCAUCUAAACAACGCUGGCUUCCCUUUUGGUACAUCGGGCAGACUCUCUCAUCCUCAAAGCAACCUCAGUAUACCAGGCCUGGCGCUGAAUAAGUACAACUCUCUGAAAGCAGUUGCCGACACUGCGAGCAGGGGCUACUACAAAAGUUAUCCACUAAUGGAUUUCUCUCAGCAUCAUUCCCCUCCUGCACCUUUCCAAUCAAUGCCGAUGCACCAGAAAGACAAGUCCUACCUCCACCAGGUCCUCCCUUCCCAUGACAUCCAUUCCCCCCUUUCGAUCUCAAUCCCAACCAACCAGCUGGAGAGGACCCGCAUCCCAAAAACCAUUACCCACCCUCAGCUUUCCAGCUCAGCCUUCAAAGCUUGGGAUUCUGGACAAAGACAUGUCCACCGGCAGACUUCGCAUCCAGGGCAUUCCGCUCGCCGUCAGACCUACAGCAGCAGGAGACAGUACAGCAUAGAAACACUACCAGAGUUCCUCUCCCAGCCCACAGCCUAUGCGGGACAACCACUGUAUCAGCCACAUUACAAACAUAAGGCCUACCAGACCAACAGCAAGACGGAGGUCACUGUCUGAGGAAAUGGGAAAGAAAGAAACAACACUGCUGACUGUUAUCAGACUGAAUGCACAAAUACUACAAUGUCAGGACUACGUAGUCAUUUCUACUUUCAGUGUUAAACCCCUCUUUAUAUAGUUUAUAUGCGACCCACUUUUCUGAGUUCAUCUCUGGCCUCUGUGUCACUGACAACGAGGUGAGUGUUCACAUCAGAACACAGGACUGGAGCCCGAAGCCACAUUAGCUCAAUGGGGACAAUGCCAUCAUCACGUCAGCCUAAAUCUAUGUCAUUAAGGGACGUUCCCUUAAAGAUCCUGCCCAUCUUUAGGUAAACACAACCUCAGGAUUCCUUAUAUGAAAAAAGACACAAAACAAACUUGUUCUCCUGCCCAAGAAGAGGCAAAGAGCAACACCCAGACGCCUGGUCUCACACUAGGAUUUAAGUUAAAGCUUUGCUGAGUGAGUUGAGGAUUUUGUGCUCAUGAAGAAAGGUUUUUCGAGCUUGAGCAAAUUUCACGGUCUUCCUCUCCAGCUUGGGUAGUCUCGCUGUGAGAACGUCACUCAUUAAAUUACUCAUUUGUUUUAGGGGAAUGAUGUUGAGAAAAAAAACAUAAGGCAUACCAAUCCGGUUCCUGUGGGUUAUAAUCACCUUUGUACAAAAGAACGAAGUUGAUCUGUCAGUGAAUAUAACACUAACUUGACAAGCCUGAUAAAGAACCAUGAAACAUUUAUACUGAGAAAGACAUUUCUCAAAGCUGAAAACUGUCUAGAUGCAU